AUGUCCCCAAAAGCCUUCAUUAUCACUGGCGCCUCGCGCGGCAUCGGCCUCGCCAUCGCCAAGUAUCUCCUCAGCAGUCCGCAAUCACACAACCUGGUCGUCAUCGCACGGAGCAUUGGCCCCCUCCAAGCUUUGAAAGAUGAGCACCCCAGCCAAGUCGAGGUCCUGGGCGGUGAUCUCGCUGAUCUCUCACUCGGCCGGAAGGCCGUCGAUCUGGCGCUGAAGUCCUUCGGACGGCUGGACGGACUCGUGCUGAACCACGGGACGCUGGGACAAGUGGGGAAUGUGGCCGAGGCGGACCUCGAACAAUGGAAGCAGGGGUUUGAUGUGAACUAUCUUAGCUGUGUUGCUUUUGUACAAGCAUCCCUGCCUUCGCUUCGCACCUCUCAAGGCCGGAUUAUCUUCACCUCAUCCGCGGCCUCCGUGUCAGCCUUCAAGGGAUGGGGCUUGUAUGGCGCCACCAAGGCGGCCAUGAACCAUCUGGCGCUGACGCUGGGGGAAGAAGAGCCUGAAGUGGUUUCUGUGUCGGUGGAUCCGGGUAUCGUGGAUACCGAGAUGCAGCGGGGCAUCCGGGAGGAUCUUGCGACGAAGAUGGAUCAGCAGUUCCAUUCGUUCUUUACCACCGUCCACAAAGAUGGAGGGUUGCUGAGACCCGAGCAGCCAGGACAUGUUCUUGCGCGGUUGGUGGUGGAUGCGCCUCGGGAGUUGUCGGGGAAGUAUCUUUCAUGGAAUGACGAGGUUCUGGCGGCUUUUCAGUAGACUUCUUGCAGGGUUCUGUGCACGGAGAAGGACGUUGUUGGACAUAGAGACCAAAUAGAGUAGUAGCUACACUUUGUCUAUAGGUUCUAUACUGUACUAUACAUUUGCAUAGACCCCAUUUAGCACCCUGAUCGAAUCAACCACAAGCUUAGAGUGUAC